AUGCAGCUUCAAGUCACGGCAGAGGCCAGGACGGCCCGCCCGCAAGCGCGCGGGGUCGCCGUCCGGGCCACGGCGCGUGCGGGCCUGGCGCACGUGUCGCGUAGGGGUGCGCGGCACGCGUCCCAGACCGCAGCGUUCUCCGGGAGCGCUGCGCGGGGUGCCCUUUCCACCCGCAGCAGGGCGCCCGGCCGGCAGGCGCGGCGCGGCGCGGUCCGCGUCACCGCGGUCUUCGAGCGCUUCACGGAGCGCGCCAUCAAGGCCAUGAUCAUCGCGCAGCAGGAGACCAAGAAGCUCGGGAGCGUCCAGGUCGACACCGAGCACAUCCUGCUCGGGCUCAUCGCGGAGUGCCAGCAGAGCGCGGUCGGGUCCCCGGAGUUCAUGGGCACCAACAUCUCGAUCGACCAGGCCCGGCAGGUGGCCAAGACGCUCUACGGCAAGGCCGGACCAGUCAAGAUGGCCGUCCGCGACCUCGGCUUCUCGCCCUGCGUCAAGGCCGUCUUCGAGGCCUCCGUCAUGGAGAGCAAGCGCCUGAAGGUCAACUUCAUCGGCCCGGAGCACAUCCUGGUGGCCAUGCUCAAGAUGAACGACACCGCCGCCGCGCGCAUCCUCCUCCACCUCGGCGUGAGCGUCGAGGCCGUCAAGACCGAGGCGAUGCGGCGGAUCGCCGCGGAGGCCGACGCCGAGCUCGGGCGCGACCCCUCGCGCGCGCCGUCGCGCCCGGCGACCGCGGCGAGCUCGUCCAAGGCGGGCGCGGCCCCCGAGGAGGAGGAGGGCCCGUCGGCGCUGGACGAGUUCGCGACGGACCUCACGGAGCGCGCCGCGGCGGGCAAGAUCGACCCGGUCAUCGGGCGCGAGGACGAGACGGAGCGCGUGAUCCAGGUCCUGGGGCGGCGCCAGAAGAACAACCCCAUCCUGCUGGGCGACCCGGGCGUGGGCAAGACGGCGAUCGCGGAGGGGCUCGCGCUGUGCAUCGUGCGCGGGACGACGCCGAGCGGGGAGGCGCUGCCGGAGUUCCUGCGCGAGGUGCGCGUGAUGCAGGUGGACGUGGGGCUCAUGGUGGCGGGCGCCAAGGAGCGCGGGGAGCUGGAGAAGCGGGUGACGGACAUGGUGCGCGAGGCGAGGGAGGACCCGAACGUCGUGCUCCUCAUCGACGAAAUCCACACCGUCGUCGGGGCCGGGUCGGCGUCGCGCGGGUCGGGCGGCGGGCUGGACAUCUCCAACCUGCUGAAGCCCGCGCUGGCGCGCGGCGAGCUGCGCUGCAUCGGCGCGACGACCCUGGACGAGCACCGGAAGCACAUCGAGAAGGACCCCGCGCUGGAGCGCCGGUUCCAGCCCAUCAUGAUUGACGAGCCCACGGAGGGGGAGACGGCCGACAUCCUCAAGGGCCUCCUGCACACCUACGAGCACCACCACGGGGUCAAGUACACGCCCGAGGCGCUCGAGGCGUGCGUGGCGCUGUCGUCGCGCUACAUCCAGGACCGGAAGCUGCCGGACAAGGCGAUGGACGUGCUGGACGAGGCCGGGUCGCGCGCGCGCAUCAUCGCGCACGAGUCCGCGGCCAACCUCCCCCUCGACACGGCCGAGGUCGCCGAGCGCCAGCGCCGCCGCACCGCCGACGGGCAGAUCCGCGGCCCCGCCAGCUCCCUCACGCGCGCGCAGCACUGCGUCGCGCGCCGCGAGUUCGCCGCCGACCUCCGCGGCCUCCAGCUCGCGCGCGACGAGGCCGCGGCCCGCGGGCACUACCGCGACGCGGCGCGGCUGCAGGAGCAGGUGAUCAAGCUGGAGUCGACGCAGAUGGGGCGCGCGGACCAGGCGGCGAUGCUGCCGGUGGUGGACGUGGACGACAUCGAGCACGUGGUGGCGGAGUGGAGCGGCGUGCCCGUCCAGAAGCUGCACGGGGAGGAGAUGGAGCGGCUGCAGACGCUGGAGGGGCGCAUCAAGGACCACGUGGUCGGGCAGGACGUGGCCGUGGAGGCGGUGUGCCGCGCGAUGCUGCGCGCGCGCACGGGCCUGAAGGACGCCGCGCGGCCGAUCGCGAGCAUGAUGUUCUGCGGGCCGACGGGCGUGGGCAAGACGGAGCUGAGCCGGGCGCUGGCGGAGGAGUACUUCGGGGACCGGGAGGCGAUGAUCCGGCUGGACAUGAGCGAGUACCUGGAGAAGCACUCGACGUCGAAGCUCAUCGGGUCGCCGCCCGGGUACGUGGGGUACGGCGACACGUCGACGCUGACCGAGCAAGUGCGGCGCAACCCGCACCGCCUCGUGCUGCUCGACGAGAUCGAGAAGGCGCACCCGGACGUCCUGCAGAUCCUCCUCCAGGUGCUGGAGGACGGCCGCCUGACGGACUCGAUGGGCCGCACGGUGUCGUUCAAGGACACGCUGAUCGUGCUGACGUCCAACAUCGGCUCGGCGCAGAUCGCCGGCGGCGGCAGCCAGCUGGGCUUUGACAUUGGCGCCCCGGGCGAGACGGCCGCCGAGCACCGCCACGCGCGCGUCCGCGAGCUCGUCAUGGACGAGCUCAAGGCGCACUACCGCCCCGAGCUCCUCAACCGCCUCGACGAGGUCGUCGUCUUCCACCACCUCACCCAGCCCGACAUUGCGCACAUCGUCGACCUCGAGCUCGACAAGACCCGCGGGCGCCUCGCGCAGCAGAGCAUCGGGCUCGAGCUCACGCAGCGCGCGGUGGACUUCGUCGUCGCGGAGGGCUUCGACCCGGAGUACGGCGCGCGGCCGGUGCGGCGCGCCGUGCAGAGCCUGGUGGAGGACAAGCUGUCGGACGCGCUGCUGACGCGGUCGCUGCGGCCCGGGGACGUGGCGGUGGUCGACGCGGACGGCGUGAGCACGUGCGUCACGAGCAAGGCCGCGCUGGCCAGCACGUCGGACCCGGACGACCUCCUGGCCAUGGCGGGCGGCGACGGCGACGACGCCACGCCGGAGCAGGAGGAGGCCGCGGGGAUCGAGGGGGAGUCCGCGACGGACGAGGUCGUGCGCGUCACGCGCUACGACUGGUGA